AUGCAAUUCUCUACUGUCGCUACCGUCGCUGCCGUCGCCGCCGUUGCCACCGCUGCUAACGUCACCACCGUCACUGAACACCAAGAAUCUACCACUUUGGUUACCAUCACUGACUGUGUUUCCCACGUCUGUUCCGAAACCGUCUCUCCAGCUUUGGUUUCCACUGCCACCGUCACCGUUGACGAUGUCAUCACCACCUACACUACCUGGUGUCCAUUGACCUCCACUGAAGCUGCUCACGUUUCUUCUGCUGCUCCAGUCUCCUCUGCUGCUCCAGUUGCUCAAAACACCACCUCCGCUAAGCCAACCUCUACCGCCGCUGUCUCUUCUUUCGAAGGUGCUGCUGCUAGAGCUUUGCCAGCUGCUGGUGCUUUGUUGGCCGGUGCUGCUGCUUUGUUGUUGUAA